AUGUCCAACUCACUUCUUGUUGAGCAAGCACGUCUCUCUCAUGUGGACAUUGAACAAGCCAUCAAAUCCGUUGUGUAUGAAAUUAAACAUCGGGCCAAAACACAAAAACAUAUGGUCUAUCAGAAUCAUCGGUUGAAUUAUCAUCUACAACAAAUACAGGAAAAGGCCCAAUACUUGAAGGAAAAUAUUUAUGGAGUACCAUCAUCAUCGUCAAGUGAUGAUCAUCAACAACACCUACAACAACAACCAAAUUCAUCUCACCUAGUCGCUGAUACAAACGGCUCAACCUCUGUAAAUAGUGUAACUUCAGCCGAGUCCGAUCAAUUAAAAUCCAUGAGGGCUCAACUCACCGAAACAACCUUCCCCAAUACAAUUUCUAGCUUUUAUUCUCGAUUGGCUGAAAUUAGAGAGUACCAUAAAAAGUUCGCAGUGAAAAUAGAAAAUAGAAAUACUUCAGAGUCAAGUGAUGAACAAUUGCAAAACAAAAUCCGACAACGAGUUCAAAACGAAAUUGAAAGCGGAGUUGUUUUUACGGAUGAGGAAUUAUACGGAAGGUAUGUCGAUUUACAUGCUCACUAUAACGCGUUCUUGGACUUGAUUAAUGAAAAGCCCUUGGAAUCGGUCGCGAACAAUGUUCCAACUCCUGUCUCUGUCCAAAUUGAUUAUAUGGAAUACUUGAACACUAUUGGACAGUUUGAAAAGAUAUCUCUGGAUGUGAAAAAUAGAGAAAAAUACAAGACCUAUCUCGAAGGCUUAUUAGCAUAUUUUAUUGAUUUUAUGACGAGAACUCAACCUCUGAUGAAUAUCCAAAAGAUGAUUCGCGAUGUUGAAGAGGAUUUUGAUAAAAACUGGAGAGAAGGAAAUGUAAGUGAGGCUUGGGCUUUUCUUAAACCUUCUCUUGUGAAACAACAAGGCGAACAAAAUAAUGCUGCCUCACACCAACAACAACAGCAAAACUCUCAACAAGCUGUUAACAACCAUGGUGUUCAACAACAACCACCGCAGAAUUCUGCUGAACAAAAGAAAAAGAAACGUCGUGGUGGUAAGAGAAAGAGUCUUCAUAAUGUGGACAAGAUGAGAGCAUUGGCCUUAUUGGAAACUAAAAUUUCCAAGUUUCUCCAGGAUUGGCUUGCCGACGUCAUUCAACAAACCAAAGUCAAUGUCGAAAAGAAAUCCACUAGAACCUGGGAAGAAAAUCAAGCAGAACUCGAAAGAAUUGAAAAACAAAUGGAUCUCGAAGAUGACGAAGAGUAUCAAAGACAGCAACGAGAAAAGAGAGCGGCAACGGAAAAUCCUGAUGAUCCUCUCAGCAAGUAUGCAAGUAAGAAGAAUAACCCUCUCAAUCUACCAAUAGGUCCAGAUGGAAAGCCAAUUCCCUAUUGGCUCUACAAGUGGCAAGGGCUAGGAAAUGAGUAUAUUUGUGAAAUUUGUGGAAAUCAUUCGUAUUGGGGUCAUAGAGAAUUUGAAAAACACUUCCAAGAGUGGAGACAUGCAAAUGGUAUGAAAUGUUUGGGAAUUCCAAAUACAAGACACUUCCAUCACAUUACAAAAAUUAAGGAUGCUCUCGAUUUAUGGAACAAUAUGCAACAACAAGUACAACAACAACAUUGGGAUGAUGGUGAGAUGGAAGAAGUCGAAGAUGAAGAAGGAAAUGUAUACACCAAGCAAACAUAUAUUGACCUCAAGAAACAAGGUUAUAUCAAGGAGUCCUCCUCCAAAGAUUCGAAACGAAAAAAGUAA